AUGGCACCGCUUUCUUUUGCCAUUGCAGAGACAAUGUAUCGCUCCCAAAUCAUCGCGAGAGAUCUCAGCGAUAAUUCCACCGUUUCCACAACUCUGUAUACAGCUUCACAACAAACUACUUUGCAAAUUCUUGCUUUGACGUUCUCGACUAUCAGCGUGGCAUCUGCAAUACUUGCUUUCUACUGGUUUGUCAAGAUGCGAAGGAGUUUCAGGCACGAUCUCAUCAUGCUACUCAUUCAAAGUGACAUGUUCAAAGCGCUCUGGUUUAUGAUGUAUCCGAUUGUUACCUUUUCAAGAGGCCCUGUUCCUGGCAAUUCGAAAUUCUGUCAAGUCAAUGGAUUCUUUCUGUCUCUAGGAAUUGAAGCAUCAGAUUUCGCAAUUCUCCAGAUCGCCCUUCAUACCGCACUAUACAUAUUCAAACCGAGGAUCUCCAGCGGCGAAGGAGGUCUUUACCCAUAUCGAAAGUUUGCAUACAUUUGUUGGAUCAUCUUCCCGGUUCUCAUGGCAUCACUGGCUUUCAUCAACGGCCGAGAAGCAUACGAUUCAGAAGAAACAUAUUGUUACCUCCCCGUUCGACCAUUCUGGUAUCGACUUGCCCUAGCCUGGAUCCCUCGAUAUAUUAUUUUCAUGGUUAUUCUCUGUAUAUAUGCAUCGAUAUAUUUCUACGUCCGAUACAAAUUUCAUGGUUUCAAGAGGGCGGGAAAACCCCAAGGCGCAAGAAACAGCAAUUCUCUGGAUUCUGAAGGUACAGAACGCCCUUCUAGAAAACUCAGUACUCCUGCACCACCAAGUCUUGCCCGCCACGGCCUGAUACCAGACUCUCGCAAACAGUCCACAAUUGGGGAAGGGCGUAAACAUUCCGCGUCGACUAUGGGUUCUUUCCGAGAGAGAAAGGCCAGACCACCUACUGGUAUACACCGCUUCAUGUGGUCAAAUAUCAUUGGGUCGACUAAACCAGCUGGCUCGUCAUCUACACCACUCGAGGUACCAGCAUCAGAUAUCGAUUCUUUUGUUGGUCCCUUAACUCCACAGCCUCUACCCGACCUGUCAUCCGCAUCUCCGAUGUCUCUUCAAUCCCCAGAACCUUCAGAAAUGCCUUCUCGUUCUCGAGUGACAUCCUGGCGAGAUACGAUUGUCCGCCGCUUUUCUCCUCACCUCAGCAAUGGCAACACCACAGAGCACUCUCUUGUGAAUAUCCAUGGAAUUCUUCGACACCCAGAUGGGAGCGACUCACCGCCACUAUCACGGCUAGAACUCGUCAAUUCUCUGGGUCAAAACCUUGCUAAUGCGGAGAUGGUGCGUACCCGCGACAAAAUCCGUCGACAACUCCGAUUUCUGUUCAUAUACCCAUUGGUGUAUAUUGGGAUGUGGGUUGUGCCUUUUAUAUCGCAUGUUCUGCAGUACGAUGAUAGAUUUGCAAUCAACCCCCCUUUUGGAUUGAGUUGCGCAACCACAAUCUUUGUUUGUUCUCAAGCAGCUGUCGAUUGUUGGCUAUUUUCCACCCGUGAGAAGCCUUGGAGGCAAAUUCCUGGGAGCAGCGGAAGCUUUUGGGAGAGUCUUCAAUUCUGGAAAGGGUGGGAGGGUGCAAGUAAGAGGAAGGAUGUUCGUGGACCCGGGAAGACGAGAGGUGAAAUGGUCAGAGAGGCUCGAGUCGCAUAUCGAAGAAGAGACCAGGAACUAGCUCAGAAGCAGGUAGAAAAUGGAUUGGGAUCUCGGGAGGACAGUAACGCUCCGAGAAUAUUAAAGGAAUGGUGGGAGCAUUCGGCUGAGACGGGCAUGAGUCCUGUCGCCGAAGACGUCUCAAAUCCUAUGGAAGACAUUGUGAGAUCAGACGACUCCACUUCGACAAAUGCGACUUUGACAAACGUCAAAACGACAAGCGCGCAGGAUACAGACGGGAUGCAGUAG